AUGGGUUGCCUAAUUGCAUUGACCUUGGCUGCAAAGUACCCCAAGUGUGUAAAAUCAAUCACCCUUACUGCUCCGCCAUACACUUCUUGUGAGGGAAAUGAUGCUUGUCUAAAUGCACUAUCAAUGCUUGCUGGGAAGAAAUUUUGGUCCCCAUUGUCAUUUGGUUAUUCAUAUAUGUCAUGGUAUGAGCACUUGGGUCCCACUGUUUGCCUUGUCUAUUGCAGAAAUCACAGGAUAUGGGAGAGCAUCCUAAAAUUCAUUGCUCGCAAGAGGCAUCUUCAUUUCUUGACCAUAGACUUAACCAGGCACACUCAUCAUUCAGCUUGGAGUACCAUGCAUAAUGUGAUAUGUGGAGGAGAAAAAUUUGUGGAUAGUUAUCUAAUGAUUUUGACCAAAGCUGGAGUCAGAAUAAAUGUGAUUCAAGGUGAUAAAGACAAGGCUGUCCCAAUGGAGUGUUGUAGUAAGUUAAACUUGAAGGCUCCUAAUGCUGAAAUCAGCAUCAUUCCAAAUGCAAACCAUGGCACUGUACUAUUUGGCAGAAAGAAGGAAUUUGCAUGUAGUUUGGAGCAUAUAUGGGAAUCUUGCUGUUGA